AUGGCGUCGAACAAUUCACCCAGUUUGUCGACGAACCUAGUCGGCAAGACAGCGAUCGUAACAGGAUCCUCCAGAGGUAUCGGUGCUGCCAUCGGUCUAGAGCUCGGUCGCAGAGGUGCAACUGUUGUCAUCACCUGUUCGAGUGAAGGGUCUCGGCAGGCAGCAGCAAAUGUGGUCGAUGCAAUUGAGCAAACAGGCUCCAAGGGGAAGGGAAUCCUUGUUCGGGCUAAUAUCACAUCUGCGACAUAUCGCCAGGAGCUCGUCGACACGGCAGUGGCAGCGAGUCCAAGCGGGAAGAUUGAUAUUCUGGUACAUAAUGCAGGAGAUGGGGAUGAUUGCUACCUCUCAGACAUCACGGAUGAGUUCUUCGACAAGCAGAUGGGCGUAAAUUUGAAAGCUCCUCUAUUCUUGACUCAGGCCGCUGUUCCCCAUAUGUCACGAGGGGGAAGAAUUGUUCUGAUCACAUCUGCGGCCGCUCGCAUGGGCGUAGCCCAAACCUCGGUAUAUGCGGCGACAAAAGCUGGAAUGGAGUCUUUCGCGCGGGUCUGGGCCACUGAACUGGGCCAGUCGAAGGGGAUCACCGUCAACUGUGUUAGCCCGAGUCCGAUAGCUACGGAUCAGUUUCAUGCCAGCGCCGCGGAGUUCAAGGAGGCAUUACAGCCCAUGAUAGAGAGCACACCGGCCGAAGCACGGAUAGUGGAGGUGUAUGACAUUGCACCAUUGGUCAGUUUUCUGUGCUCAGAGGAAAGUCGAACCGAGUAUGAUCUAAUCUCCUACAAGACCCUGCCUGCGGCACCUGCCGGAAGAAGUGUCGAAAAUGUGAUCGGGCGCGUCCAUCCUGCGAAAGGUGCCGUGUCAAAGGACUGCACUGUGAGGGAUACCCUCCCCGAUAAGAGGUCUCUAGAUCCCAUCGCAAGAGUACCCCAUAGGAGGUCAAAACGGUCAGUCCGGAAACCAGUUGCGACUGAACAGCAAGCAGAAUCUGCGUCGAGCAAGUCGAGAAACCCCGGAAUAUCGGCAGAAACAACAAUUGGUGAUCUACUUGAAGAUAGCGAAAAUCAGGAUCUUCUCCUAUAUUUUGAUAAGACCGUGUGUAAUGCCCUGGUGAUCGACGCAGAGAAUGUGGAAAAUCUUUUUCGGAGUUUCAUUCUCCCUUUAGCAUAUCGGAGCCUUGGGAUUCUUCAUGCGGUGCUUGCUCUGAGUUCCUGCCAUGCUGUGAAGUCUGGGAGUCAUAAGCAUGCAGGACUGAGUGUCACAACAAUGAUAGAGCAUCAAUUGUCUGCUUUACAGUCGCUGAGUUCGCUGUUGUUGAAAGAAGAGUUGUCGUGUCUGGCGGGUGAGGAAGAAGACAUUAUUCUUGCCACCGUUCUUUUACUUGUUCUUCAUGACGUCUGCGAGUCAGGGAUUUCAUCGCACGGCGUACAUCUCACUGGGGCGGGUUUUGUUUGUGGAAAGCUAUGUCAUCGGCCAGAGGCUUUGGCAUCGCCGCGAAUCACAUUCCUUCUUUCGGCGUUGGUUUGGCUUGAUGUUCUCCGAGGCUUCAGUGGCGCUGAGAAAAUGACGUACAGUGAUAGUGUCCGCCAAUUUAUUUUGGAAACGGAAUAUUUUAGUUUCGAAACACUAGUGGGAUGCCCAGUCGAACUCCUCUAUAACAUCGGCGGCGUCCUAGCAGCGGCAAAGGAGUUCAUGAAUGGAUCCAUCGGGCUGGAUCUAUUUCAAGCCACUCUUGACGAAGCCGAAACAUUCUUCGGCCAGUGA